AUGUACCCUCCUCCCCCGGCCCCGGCUAGCUUCGCCUCUCGGGAGGAGCUAGAACAGUUCGCUUGGGCGGUUUAUGACGUCCUAGCCGGUGUGGCGGGGCGCUUUUCCAUUCGACCCGGCAAGCACAAUAAGAGCGCCUCGUGGUGGUCGGAGGGACUUGCCACAGCCAGGGAGACCGACCCGGUGGUAUAUCGAAAGCUCUGCAAGGAGGCUAGAGUCAACUUCUACAAGGAAAGAAUCUCCACUGCCACCUCCUCGGCAGAGUGGGGAAGGAUACUGAGGUGGCGCAAAGAUGCCCCUGACAACAGACCAAUGGUUAUGAUCGUCGACGGUAGGGUAGUGUCGGACACGGAGCAGGUGGCAGCUGAUGAGGAGCUCAAGGACGCCUUCUUCGGAGCCUUGUCUAACACUCCCGGUCCGGACGGGGUGCCAUUAGCCUUCCUCAGACACGCUUGGGAGCUCGUCCGCCCGGCAGCUCGAGCUAUCACCGAAGGCUGCAUGGCGUUGGGCGUCUUUCCCCAAGCUUUCAGGCAGGCAACUGUCAUUACCCUAUCGAAACCUGGCAGGGACCCUCGGUCGUACAAAGGCUGGCGGCCUAUUACCCUUUUGUCGACCUUCGGCAAGGGAGUGGAGAGGCUCCUGGCCCGGCGGAUGACUGCGGCGGCGCUGUGCUCGGGUUUGCUUCCCCUAAGCGUGGCCGGAGCCAUCCCGUCCAGAUCGGCACUGGACCUCGUUCAGUCGCUCGUCCACGAUGCGGAGACCAUGGCAAGACAAGGCUACCACGGCCUCUUCGUCACUCUAGAUAUCGACUCGGCCUACCCCUCGGUUCAGCCGUCAAUCCAAUUCCAAUUCCAAUUCCAAAUCCUUGUCGGCCUUCUCGAACAGAGUAUGGAAAGACGCCUUGAUCUGGGCGUGCGAGAACGAUGA